AUGGCUCCAAACCGAGGGCGCAAUCGCCAACGUGAAUUUGCACAAACCACGGUACAAGAUUUCGAUCCCGAAGAAGAACAUGUCGCUCCAGCCAGCGAGGACGAAUCCGAUGGCGAUGAAGAGGGUGAGGACUUCGAUGGCAGGGAACAUUACGCGGAUGUUGGCAAGAGCAAGUUGAGAACGGCGAAAGCUGUGCCGUUGGGACCGCAGUAUGGAGGGUCGAAAGUCGGGAGAGAAGAAUUGGAAGACGAGGAAGAUGAUGAUCCUUUCAGUCGAGGGUUUGAUGAGGAAGGGAGUAGUGAGGAUGGUGGAUUCGAAGAGUAUAGUGAUGAGGAUGGAAUCGACGAAAGUGAAGCUGGCGAGGAGGAGAUGUUGGAUGGAACGGAUGAUACAGAUCUCAGUGAGGAAGAAGAGGAAGUGGUUACGCAUAGACCGAAGGUUUUGAAGAAAGAGGAAGAAGAGGCUGCUCUGGCGGCUGUGAAGCAGAUACAGGAUCAGAGUCUGCAGAGAGCUGCGUCGAAAUCACUGUUGCAGGCGAAUCAGGAAGAGGCAGAGAAGGGGCGUGCUAUCAAGGGACAGAGGGCCACGUUCGAUGCUCUACUCAAUACGAGGAUGAAGCUGCAGAAGUCGCUCAUUGCUACGAAUACCCUGGUGGGAACAGCACCGGAUCAGAUCGCGUCGGAGAGGUCCGACGCUUACCAGGCCCUCGAGGCCGCUGAGACGGCAGCGUUUACUCUCUGGGAGUCCCUCAACAGCUUCCGGGACGACCUCUUGGCUGCGCGGACUGGUGAAAAGCGCAAGCGCUCAGCCUUCUCCAUUGACACUUCCACUGAAGAGCUGUGGAACCACUUCCAAUUGCAAGAAAAGCAAAGUCGGAAAGACCGUAAUAGCGUGCUGAAGAAGUGGUCCAUCAAGACCCAGGGUCCUUCUGCUCAAACUCAGAAAGGUCGCCUCAACCAGUCCACAGAACCGGCUACAAUCAUCGAAGUCCUCGAACAGCAGCUCUCGAACGAUCGCGUCCUCAAAAGAGCCCAUGCGCCGCGUUCUUGUGCGCCUCUGCAGGCCGAGCAACGCGUCACGGAAGAUCCGAAAAUUUACGACGAUGCGGAUUUCUAUGGUCUCUUGCUAAAAGAGCUACUGGAGCAAAAAGCCCAAGACUCGGUCACGGCUUCGAAUAUCGAUCUCGGAUUCCAGAUGCGACGAGAAGCUAAGACGAAGCGGAAUGUGGAUACCAAAGCGAGUAAGGGGAGGAAAUUGAGGUAUACUGCCCAUGAGAAGUUGGAGAACUUCAUGGCACCUGAGGAUCGGACGAGGUGGGGUGAAAGACAGGCUGAUGAAUUGUUUGGGAGUCUGUUUGGGCAGCGGCUGAGGCUUGGGGAGAGGGAGGAUGAAGACGAGGAGGGCGAUGACGAGAUGGAGGGUGGUGUUGAUGCUGAGGAGGCUGGGCUAUUGAUGUUUAGGAGUUGA